ACUCCAGGGGCUUCAGGGUUGUAAUCCUGACAGUGGUACCGGUAAUACUGGAAUACGGUAACUAAAAGCGCCUAGCAAUCGGCUUACUGCGCCCCUGCACAGGCCGAGCACUCGUUGUCACGCUACGCAUCUCCCAAUCAUCCGUCUCCCGUAAUAAACUAAUAAACCCUCCCAUCAGUCCAUACUCCAUCCCAACCGCUAUCCUUCAAAUCCACCUCGCCAUCAUCAAUUUCAAUCUUCAUCUCCCUCCGUCCCCCCUCUCCUCUGCUUCCGUCACCUCCUCUAUCGUCACCGUCAACUCGACGUUGAUCGACCCACAUUCCUUUCAUAGCUGCCAUUUUACCCAUCCUGCGAGUUCACCCACCAUUUUGUUUCGUUUCGGUCGAACGACGUCGGCAUCAUGGUCGAGUCGUCGCGGAAGGCCACCAUGGGUGGCGUCCCGCUGAAAUACAUAUCUCUUGUGACGCUUACGGUUCAGAAUUCUGCCCUCAUUCUGAUCAUGAGAUACUCCCGAGUAAUGCCUCUCGUGGACGGUAAACGAUAUUCCGCGUCAACCGCUGUGUUCCUGAACGAGGUCAUCAAACUCACCCUAUCCCUUGCGAUGGUCGCAUACGAAACCUCGAACUCCGCAUCUGUCACCUCGACUCCCUUCUCCUUCACACACACCUUCUUCUCCUCGCUGUCGACCGGCGAUAGCUGGAAAUUGGCCAUCCCCGCCGUCCUCUAUACGGUCCAAAACACUCUGCAAUAUGUCGCCGUCAGCAAUCUGGACGCCGCGACGUUCCAGGUCACCUACCAGCUGAAGAUCCUCACCACAGCCUUGUUCAGCGUCAUUAUGCUCCGCAGGUCGCUCUCAAUUCGAAAAUGGAUAUCGCUGGUGCUGCUCAUGGUCGGGGUUGCCAUCGUGCAGAUGCCCGUGCCGGAGAACAUGGUGCCCCAAAAGCAUGCACGGGGCGGCAUCGAGCAAAGCGAGCAUGCGCAAGGCAGCGCCACGAUUGGGUUGGUGGCCGUCAUGAUCGCCUGCGCCAUCUCCGGCCUGGCAGGCGUGUACUUCGAGAAAGUCCUCAAAGAGAGCAACAAGAACGCGUCGCUCUGGGUGCGGAACGUGCAACUGUCCUUCUACUCGCUGUUCCCUGCAUUUAUUUUCGGCGUUAUUUUGAAGGAGGGUCGCGAGAUCCAACGGGAUGGGUUUUUCGCGGGCUACAACUGGGUGGUCUGGCUAGCCAUCACCUUCCAAGCCCUCGGCGGGCUCAUCGUGGCGUUGGUGGUCAACUAUGCCGACAAUAUUGCGAAGAACUUCGCGACCAGUUUGAGUAUUGUCAUUAGCUUCGUGGCAAGCGUUUACUUCUUUGGGCUCACGAUCACCAUUAAUUAUGUGAUCGGUACCGCCGUCGUACUAUAUGCGACCUACCUCUAUAGCAGCCCUGACCGGAGACCUUCAUCGAACCCUAUCAUCGAAGAAGAGGAGGGCCGAAAUCACGAGGAGUCCACCACAUUGUUUAAUAGCGACCAUCGUUCACAAUCAUCCAUGGACGGCUCGAGCUCCGAAUAUGAAAAGGAGUCGAGGCGCGACACGUCAGGAAGCCCCGAGCGAAUACCUCUACGAGCUAGCAACGAAUACGACCAGCGCGACAAGCGCGAAUCAUGA